AUGGUACAACAGUUUCAGCAGCUACCUCGCCCCCAGCAGCUACCUCGCCCCCAGCAGCCAGCAGCUACCUCGCCCCCAGCAGCCAGCAGCUACCUCGUCCCCAGCAGCCAGCAGCUACCUCGUCCCCAGCAGCCAGCAGCUACCUCGCCCCCAGCAGCCAGCAGCUACCUCGUCCCCAGCAGCCAGCAGCUACCUCGUCCCCAGCAGCCAGCAGCUACCUCGUCCCCAGCAGCCAGCAGCUACCUCGUCCCCAGCAGCCAGCAGCUACCUCGUCCCCAGCAGCCAGCAGCUACCUCUUCCCCAGCAUCUACCUCGUCCCCAACAACCAGCUGCUACCUGACUUACGACAUUAAUCACGACAGGUAG